AUGCCUCACCUCCUCUUCUCCCUGAUUGUCACCGGUAUACUCAUCCCAUUACUCGCCCCCUUCGUACGUCCCUACAUGCCCGCAUUCCGAAGCGCCAGCUACAUCACCAUGCAUUUCGACAGCGACACAUGCACCACAGCACAGACUAUCAAAGUCGACCACGCCAUCCACGACGUCCAAGCAAUCACCCGCCAAGCCCUGAAAGAUCUCGAUCUUAUCGAGCCAUUUCUCGGCGACACAAAUCGCCUGGACGCGCGAAUGCGCGAGAAGGGUCCUCAGGGGGAGAACUACCGCCGCCUUAUAUACACCUAUGAAAUGCUCUUCGGAAUUAUAGAUGGCAGAACUUCCCGGUCUGUCCUCAAGGCUCGCUUUGAUAAGGUCACUGCCCUAGCACAAACUUCAGGAGUGUGUUUGACUGACAUUCAUCUCUCACCACAGAUCCGCCACGUAUACAGCACCUUUAGCAACAUCCGCAAUCUCGACCUCCCAAUCUACUGUAACGACGACCCGCUGCUCGCCGCACCACACUAUGGCUGCCAACAAGCACACGACGGCGCAGGCCGCUACGUUGCCGCAUACAUCCAGCAACGCCACAUCGACCUCGACGUCCUCCGCAUAUUCAAAGACGAAAUCAUAGUUAUAUGCCCAUCCUGGUUCACAACCGUCAGCAACACAUCCCUCCCCACCAUCCUCACAACCACCUUCCCGGUCCCCCACACCACCCUCGACGCCCACCCCCCACCCACAAACCCGCCUCUAAUCCGCCACCUCGACGACAUCCGCACCAUCCUCCCCGCCUUCGCCCUCCUGCACGAGCUCACGCAUACCCGCGCCGUCAUGGGCCCCCACAAUGCUGCUACCGACGAGCGAGGCGAGGACGGUGGGCUAGCGUAUGGCUGGGAUAAGGCGAUGAUGCUGGGGUCGCGGCGGCCGGAGAGCGCGCUGCGGAAUGCGGAUUCGUUGGCGUUGUUUGCGGUUUCUGUGGCGUUAAGGGGGAAUGAUUGGUCGAUGGGGAGGGCGAGGCCGGCGGAGGUGCCGGCGGAGUGGGAGGUUGAGUGA